GUCUACCUUGGAGGUCAUAUACGAUGAUGGAAAAUCUAGCACCAACAACUUGACGACAAAGAAAGUAGACAAGCUAAUUACUCACCGCUUCUUUGACAGUUUGCUCUUGCGUAAUGACAUUGCUUUACUCCUGCUCAAAAACCCAUUUAACUUCAGUGUCAUGGGAUUGCCCAUCUGCCUCACCGAGGUCAAUGAGAUACAGGAAUGGAGAAAGUGCCACUUUACCAUUUCUCAUGGAGGUGUGCGUGAAAAGCUGCAGAAAGUCAACGUGGAGCUGGUUGAAUGGAGUAGGUGCUCUGAAAAUAUGCCUAUGGUCACCCGGGACAUGCUUUGUACUAGGAGCGCUGAAGAUUGGAAGGAUGCCUGCCAGGGUGACAGCGGGGGGGCUCUGGUUUGCCAGAAAAAUAACAAAAGCCCAUGGUACCAGCUGGGCAUUGUCAGCUGGACUGUGAACUGUGGCGAGAAGAAUGUGAUUGGAGUGUACACGAAAGUGGCUAAUUACCUGUUAUGGAUGUUCGAGGAGACCACAACAGCAGGAAACUCCUUCAUGCCUGAUCCAGACUCUGGGGCAAAAGAGGAGGAGUGCCAUUUAAAUCGUUUCCAAAAGCGCUCCCAUGCUACCUUACCAGGGGAGGAAAAUAAGAUUUUAUCAGAUCAAAGAGCUGCCUUACAAGAUCUCCAAGAAAGAGAGAUUCUGCAUAAAAAUGUCAACAUCACAGCAUCUAAUCAGGAUGAGAAUGAUCUAUGGCAUAAGGCUAUGGGUCCCCCAGGUCACCUGGAAGUUCCAUCAGGGCCGAGCUUUUAUUCCUGCUUCGUUUUCCACAAAAAGAAAGACUUGGUAAAGCUCAGAAGGAGCCACUCCAAGGGCCAGCCCUCUACAUAUCCCAAGUACAAGAGCAGAAGGAGCUCUCACCUCAGAUGGAGCGGAUGGUCCUGUGUAAGAAGCAGCCGGAUGGUCCUGUGUAAGAAGCAGCGUUUCCAAUGUGGUGAGUGCGAGAAGAGCUACCGCACGAAGUGCAGCCUGAUUGCGCACCAGGUCAUUCCCACGGGGCAGCGGCCCUUCCGGUGCCCUGAAUGUGAGAGGACCUUCUGGGGUAAAGCCACUUUGAAGAAGCAUCAGUGUUUGCACAAAGGUCAGAGACCAUUUUCCUGCCAGGAGUGUGGCAAGGGUCUCACCCAGCAGUCCAAGCUCACUGAGCACGUCAGGGUGCACACUGGGGAGAAGGCUUUCCAGUGUCCACAGUGUGACCGAAGCUUCCGCCUGCAGAGAAGUUUGAAGGCCCGUCUUCGCCUGCACAGUGGGGAGAAGGCCUUCCAUUGUCCGGAGUGCGGCCGGAGCUUUUCCCGGAAGGAAGGCAGCUGUAGGCCCACCAGGUGUUUACACAGUGGGGAGAAGCUGAUUUCCUGAGAUCAGUGUGAUAGGAAAUUCCCCCACAGGGCUAGACUCACUGAGCAUGUCAGAGUUCAUACUGGAGAGCCCUUUGAGUGUCCUCAGUGUAAGAACGCGUUCCACCUAAAGAGAAGCCUAAAAGCCCACUGUCAGCACAGCGGGGAGAAGCCCUUCCCGUGUCCAGAGUGUGGGAGGACCUUCUCCUGGAAGAACGCCAUGAAGGCCCACCAGCGUCUCCAUAGCGAGGAGAAGCCAUUCUCCUGUGCACAGUGUGGCAAGAGGUUUACCCGGCCCUCCAAGCUCACUCGCCUCAGCCGAGUCCACAGCAAGCAAAAGGAAUUCUCUUGUGCCGAGUGCAAAAAGACCUUUCCUCGGCAGUCAAGGCCCACGGAGCACCUCAGGGUCCACACCAAGGAAAAGCCAUUCUUCCGUGCUGAGUGCAACCAGAGCUUCCGCAGACGCUCACACCUCACUGAGCACAGGUGGCUUCUCAGUGAGGAGGAUCCUUUCCAGUGUCCCGAGUGUGGCAAGAGCUUUUCCUGGAAGGCCUCCAUGAAGUUCCACCAGCGGAAGCACAGGGGCGAGAAGUCCUUCCCCUGUAGCGAGUGCAGUAAGGCCUUUACUCAGCAGUCUCAGCUCACUGAGCACGCGAGAAUUCCCCUGGGGAAGCCCUUCCAGCAUCCCGAGUGCAAUAAGAGUUUCCGUCUCAAAGGACAUUUGAAAAGCCACCUGCUCCAACACAGUGGCCAAACCCCAUUCUCUUGUGUUAAGUGUAGCAAAAGUUUCACUCGGCUGCAGUACAGGCUCACAGACCACAUUCGAGUUCACUGUGGUCCAGCGUGUGACAAGAGCUACUGCGUUCCAGGGAGUUUGAAGGUCCAUUUGUAAACGCAAAGAGGACAGAAGCCCUUCAGGUAUCCCGAAUGCGGCAAAGGCUUCCUCCAGAAGAGAAGUUUGAAGACCCAUCUGCACCAUCACAGAGGGGAGAGGCCUUUUGCUUGUGAUGAGUGUGGAAGGAGCUUCACAUACCUGGGGGCACUCAACACCCAUAUUGCUCCACUGCAUGCCAGGGAAAAGCCCAUCAGUCUCUAGAUCAAGCCACACAGACAGUGAGCUCUGUUGGCUCGCUCUGGCUGAGUCAGGAUAAAGAAUUCACAGAACACUGGCUUCAGACACAUGGGCCAGAUGCAUAGGAGACCGGGUGUGACGCCUCCUUGACAAUGG